AUGAUGGCGGAGGUGGAGCUCAUGACGACGGAGCUGCCUCCCGACAUAAUAUUCACCAACAUACUACCAAGGGUGACGGCGAAAUAUGUAUUGCGUUUCAAGUGUGUUUCCAAGCAAUGGCACUCCUUCCUAAUGACGCCUGGGUUUCUCCAGAUGCACCAACUCCAUGUGAAUAGCAAUCCAAAUGACCUAAACCAGAAGUUUUUCUUCUUAACUAGCGCAAGACCAUGGGAAUACCGCACCAUCGACUGUGAAACACCUAAAGAUGGUUUCACUGCCAGCCGCCCUUUUCCAUUCCAAGUCGAAGUUGGUAAAAAAAUAUCGAUUGUAACAUCUUUGAAUGGAAUGGUAUGCGUAGGCAUUAACAAGCCUUGGCCCAAUGAUACAGAAUACUCUGAUUUAAUUUUAUGGAACCCUUUGACCGAUGACCAUAAGACGCUGUCUAAUUCUAAACCCGGUUGUCCUCAUCCUUACAGGGUCUAUACAGAUGAAUAUGCGUUGUAUUACAGCUCUUCUGAAAAUGACUACAAGCUUGUAUGGCUAACCAGCCGUCUUAUGAAUGUCUAUAUAUACUCUUUGAGAUCCGACUCAUGGAGAAAGGUCGAGUCAACUCACAACGCUGCUUCAUAUCAAUUUCAUUUGAUCAUGUCAAGUGUUAUGUGGAACGAAAAGUUCCAUUUCCUCCGUAAAUUGUUUAAUGAGUUUGAAGGAGCAGCUGGUGAAAAAUUAUUAAAUCAAAGGAGGACAGAUUUGAUGGGUUUCAUGGUUUUAAGAGGGUGUAUUCAUUUGUGCGUGGCCAUUAUAAAUGCUGCUUCCAUAGAUGAGUAUGAUACGAUUGAGUUGUGGAGUGGACAUGCAGGAUAUAAGUGGGAAAGGGUGACAGAAGCAGAGCCCUUGUCUAGUUCUGAUAUUAAGAUAUAUACUGACCUCCACCCAAUACUGCACUUGGUAAUCAGGAAGGGACACGACCUACUGCAUAGGAUGAGGAAUGGAAAAUGGCUCAUGUAUUCUAGAUUUGAAGAGCAUGUUUACACACUAGAUGCUAGUAUGGACAACCAUACCAAGGACAUCAUGUGCUCCAUCGGCUUACCUUUCUGUCCAUCUCAAUUUCCAGGAGCGAAAUACGUGGAGACUCUUGUGUCACCCAAUCAAUAUAUGAAAUGA